AAAUACAAAGGAGCAAUCGCAUUCGCAGCAGCAGCAGUGGCAGCAGAGUUGAAAAAGUUUGCGGGCGGGUUACACAAAAAAGUCGAGUGCUCGAAGAAAUUUGUGAAUAACUCCAGCAAAACGAAUUUUAUUAAUUGGAAUUUAUCAAUAGAAAUUGGAAAAAAGUGCAUGUGCAUUGUGGUAAUUGAAGAAAAUGUUUGAUUUAAUGAUAUGUCCAUGAAACGACCCAACGAUAUUUGAAUAUAAACAUAUGUACACGCAUACAAACAUACAUGUACAUACAUAUAUGAAAGUAGCGAAAAGUGCGAGCAAAAUAAAGCCGAAUGAAAGUAAGAAAAAUUAAGUAGUGCAGCCGAUUUGUGUAUGUGUUCUUAACGAUAAAAAUAAUAAAAAAUAAAAUAUAAUUACAACAGAACGCAGAACAAACCGCACAAAACGUUUAAAAAAAUAAGUGAAAUACAUACAUACAUAAAUUUCGUAAGAAAAACCCACAAUUACAUAAGUGAGUUUUUGCGAACAUAUUUCAAUCGCUACAACAAAAAUAAUUAAAGUGAACAGCAGCAUCCGUUAAUCGGCAAACUAAAAAAGAAAAUCCAAACAACAACAAAAUAUCACAACAACUUGUGUUCAACAAAAAGCGCGCUUUACACCAACAAUUGCAUUGCAAUAAAUUCGCCGUAAUCGAAGCCAUUUGAUUAUUUCACUUCGCUAACCGCAUAAAAGGAAACAAAAACAAAAACAUAAAAGAAAAUGGGUUGCACAACAUCAGCCGAGGAACGUGCAGCGCUCCAGCGUUCAAAGCAAAUCGAAAAGAAUCUCAAAGAGGAUGGCAUUCAGGCGGCAAAAGACAUCAAACUCUUGCUACUGGGUGCUGGUGAAUCGGGUAAAAGCACAAUUGUCAAACAAAUGAAAAUUAUCCACGAAAGCGGGUUCACCCCAGAGGAUUUCAAACAAUAUCGGCCGGUUGUAUACAGCAACACAAUACAAUCAUUAGUUGCAAUACUUAGAGCGAUGCCAAUACUCGGUAUUGCGUAUCACAAUAAUGAACGGGAGAAUGAUGCAAAAAUGGUAUUUGAUGUUUGCCAACGCAUGCACGACACGGAACCAUUCUCAGAGGAGCUUUUGGCUGCCAUGAAACGAUUGUGGCAGGAAGUUGGCGUUCAAGAGUGCUUCUCACGUAGCAACGAAUAUCAAUUGAAUGAUUCAGCUAAAUAUUUCCUCGACGAUUUGGAUCGGUUAGGUGCCAAGGAUUAUCAACCGACCGAACAGGAUAUUCUACGCACGCGUGUCAAGACGACCGGUAUUGUUGAAGUGCAUUUCUCAUUUAAAAAUCUCAAUUUCAAACUUUUUGACGUUGGCGGCCAGCGUUCGGAGCGAAAGAAGUGGAUCCAUUGUUUCGAAGAUGUGACAGCGAUCAUUUUCUGUGUCGCCAUGUCUGAGUAUGAUCAGGUCUUGCAUGAGGAUGAGACUACGAAUCGUAUGCAAGAGUCAUUGAAGCUCUUCGAUUCGAUUUGCAACAACAAAUGGUUCACCGAUACAUCCAUCAUUUUGUUCUUGAAUAAGAAGGAUUUGUUUGAGGAGAAGAUUCGAAAGAGUCCAUUGACAAUCUGCUUCCCUGAAUAUACAGGAGGUCAAGAAUACAGCGAAGCUGCUGCUUACAUUCAAGCUCAAUUCGAAGCGAAAAACAAAUCAACCUCAAAGGAAAUCUACUGCCACAUGACGUGCGCCACAGAUACAAAUAAUAUACAGUUUGUUUUCGAUGCUGUUACCGAUGUCAUUAUUGCCAACAAUCUGCGCGGCUGCGGUUUGUAUUAAGCAGAAACAACAACAGCAUCAACAGCAGCAGCAGUUAAGUCCAGCGCAGCAAACGAACCAAACAACGCAUGGCGAAAAAUCAUUGUCGGACUCCAUCACCACCGCUUCAGUUACAACAACUACAAUUAUGAUAACAACAACAACAAUUAUGUUAACAUAACAAAUGUCACAAGUGCAGCCAGCACUAAAGCGACUACUACAAAAUUUUCAACAGAAAAUAUCAUUCGAAUAUUCGAACAUUUUUCGAAAACUAAGAGCACUAACCUCAAUUACUGAGCUCAUGUCAGUAUUUUUGCCGAAUACAAUGUUCUGAUGAACAGUUAAUUUAAUUUAAAAGUAUUGUAAAAAUUAUUUUUGAUGCCAAUAUUUUACUGUUAUCUUCAUAAAAUAAUCGAUAGCAUUGGAAAUGCCAGAAAUUUAUGUACAUACAUACAUACAUGUAAAUGCCAACGAUAGCGGUGAGUGAUGGAUAACUGAUUAAAUGAUUUGUUAAGGCGUUGAACUAAACAAAUUGGCGCUGAAAGCGAAGGCUAAAGCAGUUGCCGCAGCGGUAACACACAGCAGUGGAGGAGUGAAAUGUACAUUUUAGUCAAGCAAAUUGAACAAAAACCAACGCACACAUACAAACACGCACGUACAUACACACAAACACACACACACACCAGAAACAUUAUUACUAAUUAAGCUUACAAAAAAAAACAAAACAAAAAACCAACCGAUGAAGAAGUGAAGUGGUAGACACAGAGAAAUCAGUAAAAGAAGCAAGAAAACUCUCUAAUAAUACAGAAAAUUUAAUUAAUUAAAUCAUAACUGAGAUUAAAAACUGGCAACACAAAACCAAAAACAAAAAAGUAUAAAUUUAUUUAGAAUUAUAUAAAGCGUAAAAACCAGGUCAUUGUAAUGUAAAAUUCCGAAACACUGUAAAAAGCCGUUUACUAAGUACAUAUACACAUACAUACAUGUAUAAAUACAUAUGUAUGUAUGUAUGAACAUAUUAGAGCAGCAGUAAACCGUACAGAAUUUGAAGUAAAUCAAAAGCAAAAAAACUCAAUUUAGAGAAAACGCACCACUACUUCUACACUAGUUUACUGUAUAUGUAUAAACUACAUUAGGCUGAUACUUAGACGAUACAACAACAACAAGAACAAAACAACGGACCGUUUGCUAUACUAUUGACAUACAAUAUACAAGUACAUACAUGCAUAGAGUUUAAAUAAAUUGAUUGAAUUUGUGAAUUUCUUAGUGAGUACGCUGUUUGGGAUGAACACACGGCGCACAUUGUAACACAUACAUACAUACAUGCGUAAUUGCAUAACCUAAAAUUAGCACAAAGAUAAACGAACACACAAAGUUAUAAUUUAUAGAUUAUUUAUGAUAAAUUUUUAAUACAAAAAGAGUAUAUGAAAUAUGCUAUUAUGUUAUAGUAGACGACACACGAUGACUUGUGCUGGGAAAUUUUUAAGUUUCGUAAAAAAAAUUAUACAUUUUUUACUAUCUUUUAAUGUUUUUUUCUACUCUUUAUUAGUUCUA